AUGCUUAGCGAAGAGACUUCAACAUGCUCUGAAUCAUGUUCAGACAAAUCAUCUCCUGUAACCCAAUGUACUGAAAUGGACCCAGAAUUCAGUGCAUCAUUCAUCAUGAUUCCAUCCCCUAUGGGUCAAAAUGGCUCCUCAUCAAUUCUCUCAAAUGAAAAUUCCAUCACAGCUAAAAAGCGUGCAGGAAGAAAAACAUCAGAAGACACCCUCAUUCUUGGCUCCUUUCGGAGGGCUCAAGGCAAAAAGCCACCCAAAAAAGAAUACCUGAGAUGCCAGAUCAUUCGAGGACACAAAAGAUUAAUCCGGAAUAUUGCAAACAAUAUCAUCCCAAGGAAAACUCUUAACCAAAUUCACACCUCAAAAGAAAGCUUCGAUGCAUACGAUAAAUUGAAGCAGUGCUAUGAAAAAAACAAAGAAGUGCUUCAAAUAGUCUGCAAAACGGAGCAAGGACCUAAGACAGAUGGCCAAACUAAAAGACAAAAAAUGGAAGAAAAAGACCAAGAUCUCAGUAAAAGCUUCAAUAAUUCCUACUGCAAGUCCUAUUUCGAAAGCAAUGAAGUGCGAGAGUCCUAUCAGUUGUACAUAGAUUAUUUAUUUUCAAACGACAGCCCAAGUGAGCUUUGUAAAAAGUUCAAGUUCAGCUGCUGCCAAACAAUGCACACUUCUGAGUGUAUCGAUAAGUGGAAUAUACUACGGUAUUAUGUCAGUAACAAAAUGCUAGUUGAUUUAGGUGUUAGGCCGUGGGAAUAUAGAAAAGUUACACUUAUAAGUGAAGAGCCAGAAGUAAUUCAAAAACCACCUCAGGUUCGACAAAUAGAGCUAGAAAUAUUAGAGCUAUCAAAACAGUUAGAAUUAACAAAGCCAAUAGAAAUUGAUAGCCAAAUAGCUAACCCUCAUUGGUUUCAUCCAGUGUUAAUUAAUAGAACAAUUUUUUAA